UUUUAAUUGUAAACUAAAACGAAGGAGUGAAUUUGCUGGUUUUCGGCGUAAAUAACAUCUCCUGUUAAACCCUAAUGAUUCGUCCCAAAACCCUUUGCCUGUAUCAGAUUCGCACACUCUUCAAUCCCCCACACCUUUCAUCUCAAUUCCUACACGAAUUAUCUACUCAACAUACGCCUCUGGAACCAAUUCGUUCCUCUGAAACCGAAACUGAAGACCACAAACAGAAACUUAAGAAACAUUUGAUGAAACUGGAAGCAGAGUUGAGGAAAAAUGGAUCAGACUCAACGAAAGAAACCAGCACAUUGGAAACAUUUUUUACAGAAGCAGUUGGGUUAUCUGAAAAGUGUCAAAAUGAAGAAUCUGAAAAGGGUUUGAAGAAAUUGUCGAGUUUGUUUUCGGGUGCGGGUCGAAAAGAUAAAUUGAAAACAGAGUGUAAGAAGGAAGACGAGUUGAAGGAGUUGUCAGCAGAUAUGGCUGAGUUUGCAAAUUAUUUGCAUACAAAAGGGUAUUUUGGGAAUGCAAAUUUUGUAGCCGAUAAUAAUAAGUUUGAUGUUUAUUGUUUUGUGAAUAGUUAUGGUAGGGAUUAUUUGAAGUUUGCUGCUGAAGAGUUUGGGAAGGAUCACAGGGAAAUUUACAAUUCUGAUGAUUUAAGGUGGCUGCCCACUGCUGAUUUGAAGAAGGUGGCGCAGUUUGGAUGUCCUUCCCUCGGCCGAAAAAAUGUUUUCUCGGCCAAGACCAUGCGCUUUUGUUUUGGCAUCCGAGAAGAAACUGUAUGCAACAAGUGUGUGCUAAAAGAAUCAUGCAAGUUUGCAAACCAGAGCGUGUGGAAGAAGGGGGCGAAGAAUAUGGACUUGGCUGUUGUGAUGAGGGUCAUAACUUUGUAUGGUUUACCUACGCGGUUUGAAGUGCCUGGUGACGUUAGGGCCGCGGUUAAUCGGUUGUUAAAGGAAGUCAUUAGGCUAAGUGAAACAGAAUCUUGAGCUGCCAUAUGACUCUUUAAAAAAUAAACAUAUUGUCAUUUAUAGGGGCUUUGAACAUGUAUAACUGUCACUGCUGACAUUGAACAACACAAUGAAAGUGGAAUGGUUUAGUAUUUGGGUAAGAUUUCUUGAUCCUUGUCUUAUAUAAGCAAACAUGAAUGAUGUCUAAAAUAUCUGUCUAAUAAUUUGUUUAUUUUUACA